AUGGCUCCCACAUACAACAACGAAACCAGAGCUAGUGACCUCAUCACAGUCUACGCCCCUCACAUCGCCGGCAAGACGAUACUUAUCACGGGAGUCUCCCCAGGCAGCAUCGGCGACAGCUUCGUCAAGCAAGUCGCCGCAGCCAAGCCAGCUAUAUUCAUCCUAGCCGGCCGCUCACCCUCAAAGUUCCAACCCCUCAUCGACGAACUCGCAACCACACACCCCGACAUCAAUGUCAAGCCCUUAAUUCUAAACCUCACCUCCUUCGCCAACGUCCGCAAGGCAGCAGAAACAGUCACCUCAUGUGCAGAUGUCCCCCACAUCGACCUCCUCGUCAACAACGCCGGCAUCAUGGCCUCAGCCUACAGCCUGACUGAAGACGGCUUCGAAAGCCAAUUCCAGACAAACCACCUAGGCCACUUCCUCUUCACCAACCUCAUCAUGCCCAAGAUCCUCGCCUCUGCCUCGCCGAGAAUUGUCAACAUCAGCAGCAACGCCCAUAGACUCGGCCACGUGCGCUGGACGGAUUAUAACUUUAACGAGGGCAAGCACUACGACAAGUGGAUGGCCUACGGGCAAUCCAAGACGGCUAAUAGCCUCUUCUCCAUUGCCCUUGCCGAGAGGCUGGGCUCGUCGAGGGGGUUGACGGCGUUCAGUCUCUGCCCGGGGUACGUCCCCACGAACCUUGCCGCGCACGAGGCGCACGACUUCCCUGGGUUCCUGGAGGCCCUGCGUAAGGCCGACGUGGUGGUGGGGAGCAAGUAUAUGUGGGGGAUGGGGGAUAUUAAGCCCAAGGAUAUGGAUCAGGGAGCCGCGACGCAUGUGUUUGCGGCGUUUGACCCGGCGCUGAGGGAGAAGAAUGGGGAAUUUCUUACUGAUUGUCAUAUUGCAGACCCGUGGAAGGAGGAGAUUUAUCCCUGGGCUAGGAGUAAGGUUGACGCGGAGAUGCUGUGGGUUUUGAGCGAGAAGCUUGUUGGGCAGGAGUUUAGCUACUGA